CAUGGCUUCAGUUUGAUCUUAUAUAUCGUAGUUCUGCGUGGGGCUGAACCUGCUUUCAGUGUUUUGCAUAUUUUCUUCAUUCAUUGCAGUUUAUACUUUGCCUUUUUCUAACUAUGGCUUUUUUUGGAAUUUAAUUUUUUUUAAGAGGAUACUAAAUAAACCUGGCAUUGCUCUUUUGGAUCUGAAUUCUAAAACUGAAAUAUAAUUUGUGCAGUAGGAUGAACAAUUGUUUUGAUAUAUUUGAUCUUACGACUUUCUGCUCUAGCACUUCUGAUAAAUGUUUAGAUAAUUAGGCCUUAUGCAUGCUGGCCACACGCCCACACAUUAGCACUGGUCAUGGUUAAUAGUUGUUACUUUCUUGGAUCUGAAAGACGAACAUUCAUAGUCAUUGAUUCAAAUGUGAUUCUUCUUUAAUAUUGUAAAAAAUCCUUGAGAAAAAUCAAGAUUAAUAGUUAAAACAGCACAUUCUAAUAGUUUUUAAUGACUAUGCAAUUAGAUUGAUAUCCCCAGCAACACAAGAGUGAAAUACUGGUUGAUAUUAAAACGGCUGCUAAUUCCGAAGCGGUGCUAAUUCCCACUCAUUGUAGAGAUUUUAAGGGUGAAGCUCAAAAUAGCCUUCCUUUUCAACCCAAGAAUAUCAGACAGCCUUAGCAUCAAGCUGGACACCACAGGUUCAACUUUGGACCCAAGGGAACUAGUUCGAAGUUCUUUCAGAAAUUUCAUCGAACAUCUAUCGAUCAACGUCUCCGGUCUACCCUCCCCUGGUUUUACGUGUCAUACCAACACAGCCUCUUAUUGCUACGUGUCACUGUGUCAAUAGACCUAUAUUUCCGUCUCAUAAUGGCGGACCCGCCAUUUCCAUUGCUUUCGAUAGCUGACUAGCCACCGCCGCCGUUGCCGUCGCUCUGUAAAACGUUUUUCCAAUUAUGCACCUUUGCCGGUCGCCACUUCGGCUCCUGAAAUGCAGUCACUUCAGACAAUUCUCCUCUCAGCACUCCCAGCUGGAAAGCGCGGGCACCAUGGCGUCGCUCUUAAAGACCCGAUCUGUGAUUCGAUUCAGAGGACCGGACACCGUGAAGUUCCUUCAGGGCCUUAUCACCAACGAUGUACAGAAACUUGUGGAGCCUCCAGACGAAGAUAAGACCAAUUUGGUCACUACUAACUUGCCUUUCACAACUGCGCCUCCGCUCUACGCCGCACUUUUGACUCCUCAAGGAAAGUUCCUCUACGAUAUGUUUCUGUACAGACCACCACGGUCUGAUGAAAAGCUGGACACCACAGGUUCAAGUUCUGGCCCGAACCCGGGCGAGUUGGAGCUCUAUGCAGAUGUUGAUAGGUCUAUGUUGGAUGAUCUCUUGGAAGCUCUAAAAAAAUACAAAUUACGAUCCAAGGUUGAUAUUGAGAACUUGUCAGAUGAUUUUUCUUGUUGGCAAAGGUUUGGUCAAAACUUGACGAAUAUGUCAUCCAAAGAACCAGAAGCUGAUAAUGUUGGAUGGGCUGCUGGAACUGACCGUUCCAGCGAAUCAUCUGCGAGAGGAAAUAGCUAUGGGUGGUCAUGGCAUAGAGAUCCUAGGUUGUAUUGCCUUGGAUUUAGGGGUAUCUUUCCUUCCAACAUAGUACCACCUAUAGUUGAGGCAGAUAAAGAAACCAGUGAAGAAAACUAUCUUCUAUGGAGGUUGGAGAAGGGGGUUGCUGAAGGACCAUUGGAGAUUCGAAAAGGUGAAUCAAUCCCACUUGAGUAUAACCUGACUGCUUUAAACGCAAUCAGCUUCGACAAAGGGUGUUAUGUGGGCCAAGAACUCAUUGCUCGUACGCAUCACCGUGGGGUCAUCAGGAAGCGCUUGCUUCCUCUCAUAUUUGUUGAUGAUGGUGGCAGUGAGGUGGAGAUGAGAGUUACUCCAGGGUCUUCUGUAAUUGAUGCACAAUCUAGAAAGAAAACCGGGACUGUCACAACUGCCCUUGGGAGCCGUGGUCUUGGUCUUCUGCGCUUAGAGGAUGCCUUUAACGGUAAUUUGGCCAUACAAAACCAGGAAGAUGUUAAGGUCCAGACUUUUAGACCAAAAUGGUGGCCUUCUGAAUGGGUAGAUGGCCAUCAGCAGUUUGCUGCAGCUACCUAGUUAAGAAUGUUGCCUUUUAAUAAGUCCUUUUUUUAGUUCCCAAAAAAUAAGAAAUAAUCUCUUGAAGGGAAAAUUAUGAAAUUUUCACGGCUUUUAGUCACCUUUUCUUUUCUUGUAGUGCUGAAACUGAUUUAUCACUCGGGCUAUGUUGUUAGCUUUUUAUAAAUGUAUCCAUGCAACCCUCUCCGUAGGUAAAUGUCUUGUAAUAUGGUUCCGGUAAUGAUUAUAUCCAACAAACUGCACAUCAAAAGCUAAUCGAGAGAUUAGUACUUACAUGUUGAUCAUAUUUUCUAAAAAGAGAGGAUUUGAAAUAUAAAGAAUAAGGCUUAGAUUGGUU